AUGGAUCCAGGCCCAGCAUACAAACGGCGCCGUCCCGCCGUAGCAUGCACCGAAUGCCGCAGACGAAAGAUUCGCUGCGACCGUCACUCUCCCUGCGGACCCUGUAGCAAAUCAAUGCCGAGCCUGCGAUGCGUGUACAACAACCAGCCAACAGCUCGAAUUCCCGAGAGUUACCUGGAUCCCGGGAUGCAGCAGCAGCAGCACGACUCGUUGGUUCUGAGCAGUCACGCGCAUAUGGUACCUCAUGAGCAGUCGAUCUUUGGCCAGCAGCCUUUUGAUGAGGUGCAGGAGAUGGAUCUUUUUAAUAUGGAUGUUGCGCCCAUGACUGAUGUGUCGCUGGGGUUUGUUGAUAUGGAUUUCUUUGGGAUGAGUGAUUCGCACUCGAAAUCAGCUUCUAUUGAUUCAACGAAUUCGCUUCUUCAAGGUCUGUCGAGAUCACCAUCGUGGACAACAUCUAGCCUUCCUUCAACAAUGGCUAGCAGCAUCACAAACUCACUACACAACAUGCCUCUGACUCAAACCAAGAGUUCAGGAAGGUCUUCGGCAGCCCAAACCAGAGAGAAGGAAUAUUCUGGUGCCGAAGGCCAUGAGAGUCACUGGAAUGAGCCAUUUUCCCAAUGUGAGAAGUUGAGAUUCCUCGUGGACAACCUUUCUGGAGACGAUCUACACCUUUCAUCUGAGCAAGAAGCCCUUCGACCACUUUUUCAGACUUACAAGAGGCUUCUUCGCGAGGUUCAGAAAAAUCACGAAAGCAGACUUGUGAGUGAGGACUCGGUUCUGACCCGAGGUGGUGCUAGUGGAAUGCUUCCAGCCAGAAGAACCUGCGACUCACUGGUUGAUGCAUACAUCAAGACCUUCGAGUCUGUACUGCGCAUCAUUCACGUUCCGUCUUUCUUGAGAGAUUAUGAACACUUCUGGGAAAACUCUGCUUCAUCAAUCUCAAGCACUGACGAAACGUUCGCCUGCAAGCUACUUCUAGUAGCAGCACUUGGAUCCAUCACCUUGACCCCAACAGAGUCGCAGCAAGAUCAGGCCACCUCAUGGCGAGAUCAGUCAACUAACGGGAUCUCCUACGUCAAAGACUGGCUCGCCCGCAAGAGCAUGAAGGGCAUGCGAGGAGAUCUAAGUAUGGCACAGAUCGCCUGUCUUCUAGCCCUGACACGUCACACGCACCACCAGGAUUCGGCCCCCAUGGGCGUAGCAUGGCUUUCCGAAGGACACGGUCUAACUCACAUGGCCGUUCAGAUGGGUUUGCAUCGGGAACCAAGAGUCCGGUCGCCGAAUAUGUCCGCGAAGGAAGCCGAGAUACGGAGACGGCUCUGGGCUACAAUGUUGGAGUUGUCGUUGCAGGUUUCUGUCGAUCAGCGACUUCCGGCUCCCAUUGCGCCUGAGAGCUAUGACUGUGAGGUGCCGAGUAGCAUUGCGGAUGAUGAUCUGGUGCUGGGGUUUGAAUCACAGAGUGUGAACCAGUCAUCGGUUCUCAUGCUCCUUGCGCAAACUCAAAGAUUACGUCUGCGGAUUCUCCAACUUGUGAACGCACCCGGGUCCUCAAAGACGUAUCAAGAAUGCCACACUCUCGCAUGCGAGCUCAAUGCGGUGUGUUCUGCCGGUGAGGCCAAGCUAGAUUCUCAGCUCAGCGACUUUCAGAGCAGUCUCUUGACUAGCUUCACCAAGCCAUUUGUGCUGGCACUACAUGACGCUUUUGCUGACGAAGCAAAUACUAAACCGGAGUACUACUAUUCACGAAGAAUGCGAAUGGAGAUCUCGGCGCAGCUACUGUCAUCCAAAGCAAAUCAAGGCUCGUACUCAGCACUACUUACCAACGGGUCAGGGCAGUUUUCUGCUAUGCAGAGACGGGCCACAAUAUCCCUAUGUCUCGAUCUAAUCCGAGAUUUUGAGGAAGACUCGUUCCCAAACUUGGACAGUGCUUCUCGAGAGCAACUUCGAGAUAUCCUAUGUAAGGUAAUUGCAACGUUCAAAAGACGUGUAGAAGAAUCACGUGGCUCAGGGUCAACAGAAGAUCUACAACGAAAGGAUGUCGGUGACAAGAUGUCCGCGAAGAUUAUCGAAACAGUAAAGACUGCGCUGAAAGUUUGCUGUGAUACAAUGGAAAGGCAGAGGCGAAGGGAGUCACUGGCAGAAACAGAUAUUUGGAUGGGUUCAUAG